AUGGCCCGCCCCAGCUGCUCACAUAGCUUCAAGUUGAUCAAGUCAGACACCACCCUCGUCGUCUGGACAUGCAACCUGUGUCACAGUGGGCCCUUCACCUCCAUCUACCAGUGCGAGCAGUGCAAACUCAAGACGUGUCAACCCUGUGCGUCCAAGUCCUAA